ACUAUAUAUAUAUUAAACCCCGCCACGGCGCCACCACCGAGCCGUCCGUCCGUACAAAUCCAAAAGUAGUGCCGGUGACGUACUGUGAUCACCUUUUUCCAAUUAUGCCCUUGAGCUUUUCACAAUGUUCGCAGCGUCCACCAGUAUCUAUACCCCCACCACCAUCGCUCUCCUCCCUCCCUCCUCCGCUGAUCGCAAAUUAGCUUCUUUAUCCACCGCCACCGCCAACGCCAACAACAGCACGCGCACGCGCCGCCGUCCAAUCACCAAAUGCCGCGUGUCCUCCUCGCCCCUUUCUCUAAACCCUAAACCCUCCUCUUGCAACCACCUCCUCAAAAGCCUCGCCAAAACAUUCGCCGGCGCCGGCGCCACCGCCGUCACCCUCAUCCUAAACCUAACCAAUUUCCCCGCCUUCAUCGGCGGAGGAGGUCAUGGUUCCAAUGGCGGCGGCGGCGGCGGAGGAGGAGGGUUUUGGAGGAGGCUGUUUCGCCUGCAUGCGGCGAAAGCAGACGAGCCGAACGAGUCGUGGGACUCUCACGGCUUGCCGGCCGACAUUGUGGUCCAGCUCAGCAGGCUCAGCGGCUUCAAGAAGUACAAGGUCUCGGAGGUCUUGUUCUUCGACCGGAAGCGGUGGAGCACCGUCGGCGGCGACGACUCCAUCUCCGACAUGCUGUCCCUCAGGCCCGGCGGCGUCUACACCAAGGCCGAGCUCGAGAACGAGCUCCAAUCCCUGGCCAAUUGCGGAAUGUUCGAGAAGGUCGACUUCGAAGGCAAGACCAAGCCGGACGGCACCCUCGCCGUCACCGUCUCGUUCACGGAGAGCACGUGGCAGGAGGCGGAGAGGUUCCGGUGCAUUAACGUGGGCCUGAUGGCGCAGCCCAAGCCCAUUGAGAUGGACCCGGACAUGACCGAGAGGGAGAAGCUCCAGUAUUUCAGGAACCAGGAGAGGGAUUACAAGAGGAGGAUGGAGAGGGGCAGGCCGUGUUUGCUGCCGGCUCCGGUGCAGAGGGAGGUGUUGCAGAUGGUGAGAGAACAUGGGAAGGUGAGUGCUAGGGUGUUGCACAAGAUUCAGGCCCGGGUUCUCAAGUGGUACCAAGAUGAGGGGUAUCUGUGUGCCAAUGUUGUCAACUUUGGGAAUUUGAAUACAAAGGAGGUUGUGUGUGAGGUGGUGGAGGGCGAUAUUACUCGGCUGGUUAUUCAGUUCCGGGAUAAGCUUGGCAAUGUUGUAGAGGGGAAGACUCAGAGUCUUGUGGUCAAGAGAGAAUUGCCCAAACAGCUUCGACCAGGUAAUGCGUUUAACAUAGAAGCCGGGAAACAAGCUCUGAGGAACUUAACCUCCCUGGGAUUGUUUUCAAACAUUGAAGUGAAUCCAGUACCGGACGAGAAGAAUGAAGGAGGGAUAGUUGUUGAAAUAAAUCUUAAAGAACAAGAGCACAAGACUGCUGAAGUAAGCACGGAAUGGAACAUUGUUCGUGGACAUGGAGGCUAUCCCACUUUGGCUUCACUGCUACCCGGUGGAACUGUUACAUUUCAACAUCGGAAUAUCAACGGAUUGAAUAGGUCUCUUAUUGGUUCAGUAAGCAGUAGCAACCUUUACAACCCACAGCUUCAGGAUGAUCUUGAAUUUAAGCUUGAGUACAUCCAUCCAUAUCUGGAUGGUCUGGACAAUCCCUGCGAUCGCACUCUCCGGGUAAGCUGCUUUAAUGGUCGAAAAUUGAGUCCAGUCUUCACUGGUGGGCCAGGGGAUGAUGAAGUUCCCCCAGUAUGGGUUGAUCGAGCUGGCAUGAAGGCUAAUAUAACAGAGAAUUUGAGCCGUCAGAGCAAAUUCACUUAUGGUCUUGUGAUGGAAGAGAUAACCACACGUGAUGAACAAAAUCAUAUAUGUUCAAAUGGCCAAAGAGUGCUGCCCAGUGGAGGUGUCAGUGAAGAUGGACCUCCAACAACUCUCAGCGGUACUGGCAUUGACCAUGUGGCAUUUUUACAGUCAAAUAUCACACAUGACAACACCAAGUUUGUGAAUGGAACCUUAGUUGGUGAGAGGAAUGUGUUUCAGGUUGACCAAGGCCUUGGCAUUGGCAGCAAGUUUCCAUUCUUCAACCGCCACCAGUUAUCAUUAACAAGAUUUUUCCAGCUGAAGGAAGUGGAGGAAGGUGCUGGCAAACCACCACCACCUGUUCUUGUACUUCAUGGUCACUAUGGUGGCUGUGUUGGAGACCUUCCAAGUUAUGAUGCAUUUACCCUUGGGGGUCCAUAUUCUGUGAGAGGUUACAACAUGGGUGAGAUAGGCGCCGCUAGACAUAUCCUCGAGCUUGCAGCUGAGCUACGGAUACCGGUUAAAGGAAAAAAUCUAUAUGCAUUUGUAGAACAUGGCAAUGAUCUCGGAAGUUCGAAGGAUGUCAAGGGUAACCCAACAGAGGUAUACAGGCGAGUGGGUCAUGGGUCAUCAUAUGGUGUUGGUGUCAAGUUAGGUCCAGUAAGAGUGGAAUAUGUUGUGGAUCACAACUCUGGCACAGGUUUAACAUUCUUCCGAUUUGGUGACCGAUUUUGAGAUGGGACUAGUUUCUCAAUUUUGUUAAUAUAUCUUUUUUUUUUUUUUUGUUGAGAUAAGUCCAUUGAGAACAUGAUUCAAACUGAGGGAGAAUUGAGAACAUGAUUUUAGCAUCACACACUGCAUAGAAGUUACUGUUUCUGCUCUACCUUUAUGCUAAGCUUGUAUAGAUUCAAUUGCAAAGAAAUUUAAGAUUUUCAUGGUUAUUCCAUUUUUCG